AUGAUUCUCACUUUGAAGGAGAAUCUGCAUACUUAUUGUGAUGUGUAUCAUCUUGUUGAUACCACCAUUGUCGUACCACAAGGGGGAGAUGUAUCGCGACACAUAAAGAAAAUUCCCUUUAAGCAUACCUACCCUGAAUUCAUAGAUAGCAUUAUAGGGUAUAUUUUAGGGGAGAAGAUACCCAAUUGUUUGGUAGAUGGGUAUGUAGAUAACUCAUUGAGUGCUGGAUGGACAAAUUCCAACUUCAAUCCCACCACAAGUUUCAAAUCCACCAUACUCAAAUUACCUGUCUGGGGUAGUCUUUAUCUGAUCAUAGGCAAGGAUUUAUUUCUCCAGUUGGUUUUGUCCACUAAAGUAUAUUAUAAGACCACAAAUGGGAUUUAUUAUCAGUUAUGUGGGCGGGAGAUGGUGGCCACGUAUAAUAAUGACCCUCCUUCUAAUUAUACAGUGAUAUCAGUCGAUCUCCCUCAUGAUGAGUUGGUCAGAGAGAUUAUUGACGAUAAGAAACAGGAUCAUACUUCAGGUAAGUAUGAAUCGUUAAGACAUUUGUGUAGCGUCGUUCAGUUGAAUUAUGGAUAUUUACACCACGAUAAGAUCUAUAGUAAUGUUAUCACUCAUCCCGGGCCUUUGAAGGAUUUGACUCCUGUGGAAUUACACCAAGUUAUCAAGUUUGGAUUGACCAUUCAUGGAAAGCUUCUUCCCAGACUGGUAAUGGGUAAGAACCACAAGGUGAUCACCAAAAUUGUGGUGAAUUACUUGAAACUCGGAGAGAAACUGAUAGAUUCCACAUUUCUUCGUGGAUUUUGUUUUAAACUGGCGUAUUAUACAACUACUCGUACAAAAAUGAAACAAGAUCAUUCUAGAUCACACAAAGAGUCAAUGGUCAAGUUUUUCCAGUGGUAUUUAAGAAUGGUCAUUCGUAGCAUAGUUCAUGUUUAUUGGAAGACCGUCAAGGUAAACGUGAAUGGGAAGGAUAGACUUGAAUAUUAUCAUAUUAAACACUGGAAAAGUAGUUCGUUUGAAUGGUUGAAGAAAUAUAGUGAUCAGUAUCUUUAUCCUGUUGAUCAGGAAUUCACCAAUACCACCAACAUCCAGAACAAUUUUGUGGGUUCUAUACGACUCGUACCUAAGACUAAAGGAUUUAGGAUGAUUUGUAUUCCAAUGAAAACAAGACCUUUAUCAGUCAUGGAUGAAAAGGAAGAAACCAUCAGAUAUAUUCUACAUAUAAAGAAAUUCAUUAGACCUUUACAAUACCUCAUCAAUACCAAAGAUAGAGAGUUAGUUAGAGAUAAGACUCACCAUCCUCGUUCAUUCUCUAAUUCAGACAUUGCUCAACAUGUCCAUGACUUCAAACAAGUAUCCAAACACCAGCCAUUACAUUUUCUUAAAUUCGAUAUGAAAAGGUGCUAUGAUAACAUUAACCACCAAAAGUUACUCGAAAGUAUAGACAAUCUAUUUGCCAGGGAUCCCGAAGAUGAGGUGUACUACCUCCGUCAGAUUAGAGAAGGUCCUAUGUAUUCAGAUAGGAAACCUUUAAGUAAGUUUUUUCUCCUAGACACGACAUCGAUUGAAACCAUCAACCCUGAGUUUUGGGACUUUGAAGUGGCUUAUCGGUCGAAUCCCAAGACUUUCAACGACAGGGCUGUCACCUACUCAUUUACUAAAGAGAUGGUGAAAAAAGCAAUGGUGGAUUAUAUAAGCAAUUCAGGAAUAUUCUUGAAAUCGGAUUUGAUAUUAUAUAAACGGAAAGUUGGAAUUUUCCAAGGAUUCCCAUUACUGGCGACAUUAUGUAAUAUAUUCUACAAUCAGUUGGUGGAUAAAUUCUUACUGUUCACCUUUGAUAGGUCUGCACCUUCUACGUUACUCCGAUUGGCUGAUGAUUUCUUAUUCAUAUCCACCAGUAAGGAAUUAUGUGAAGAAAUGUAUGGUGUGGUGAAUGGAGAUGAUUUCAAAAGUCAUGGGGCUUUCAUCAAUGAAGAAAAGACUCAAUGGUAUACUAGUGGAUCUAUGAUCAAGUUUUGUGGUCUUGAUAUUGAUUCUUCCGAUUUAUCUAUUAAAACCAAAACCAUCUAUAAUCCUCGGUACCUAGCCUUAGAGAAGUGCCAUACCCCUAAAGAACUAUACACAUUUAUGCUAUGGUGGUACAAAAACCAACUUAAAGCUCACGUUGUCAGUACUGAGUAUGAUACUUUCAUUAACCAAGUAAGUAACUUAGAGAAGAUUUGGAAAAUGUUAACCACUGUGAUGAUUUCUAUAAUGAACCAAUUUACCCUGCAAGGAUUGUUAGUACCUGUAGAAGCACACAGCGAGUUCUUACUACACAUAUGUGAGAUCACACUACAAAAAUGGAAUCAAUAUAACGACCAAACCUGGAGUAAUCAGAUCCUCACCAUUCUAAAACGAUACCUUCGAAUACAAGGCAACAUAGACGACAAAGCCUUAAGAGCAUGUAGCGUACUAGAUUUGGUAUGA